CGGUGGAUGACACGGUCAAUGGGCUGAGCGAGGAGCAGCGGCAGGGCCGGCUUUAGGAAGUGCGGGGCCCAAUUCAAACAUUUUUGGUGGGGCCCCAGCAGGGAUGACUGAAAAAAAAAACAUGUAAAAAAAAGCCUUUCCUUUCUUAGCAACUGGUUCCCUAUAAAAAGUUCUGCCACACUUAGACAGACAAUGGUCAAGUUCUGUCAGGAGCAUUUGGCUCCAAAGGCCCAAGAAAUCGACCAGGAGAAUGAGUUUAAAGGCAUGCGGGAGUUCUGGAAGAGGCUCGGGGAACUGGGAGUUCUGGGAAUUACGACUCCUGUGGAAUAUGGUGGAUCUGGAAUGGGGUAUCUGGACCAUGUGUUAGUGAUGGAGGAAAUCUCUCGAGUUUCAGCAGCUGUUGGACUCAGUUAUGGUGCCCAUUCAAACCUUUGUAUUAACCAGUUAGUACGGAAUGGCAAUGAAGCACAGAAAGAGAAAUACCUACCCAAGCUAAUCAAUGGGGAGCACAUUGGAGCCCUGGCAAUGAGCGAACCCAACGCUGGUUCUGACGUUGUCUCUAUGAAGCUCAAGGCAGACAGAAAAGGGGAUUACUUUGUUUUGAAUGGGAACAAGUUUUGGAUCACUAAUGGACCAGACGCUGAUGUUCUAAUAGUUUAUGCUAAAACAGAUCUCAAUGCUGUUCCAGCCUCACGGGGUAUAACAGCAUUCAUCAUGGAGAAGGGUAUGCCUGGUUUCAGCACUGCUCAGAAGCUUGAUAAGCUGGGAAUGAGGGGGUCCAAUACCUGUGAACUGAUCUUUGAGGACUGUAAGAUUCCUGCUGAGAAUGUCUUGGGGCAGCUGAGUAAAGGAGUCUAUGUUCUGAUGAGUGGCUUGGAUCUGGAGAGACUCGUGCUGUCUGGUGGACCACUAGGAAUCAUGCAGGCUGUUCUUGACCAUGCUUUUCCAUACUUACACGUGAGAGAAGCAUUUGGACAGAAAAUCGGCCACUUCCAGCUCAUGCAGGGUAAAAUGGCAGAUAUGUACACACGGCUGAUGGCAUCUCGCCAGUAUGUGUACAAUGUAGCAAAGGCCUGUGACCAAGGACACUUCAAUGCAAAGGAUUGUGCAGGAGUGAUCCUGUAUUCAGCAGAAUGUGCUACACAAGUAGCUCUGGAUGGAAUUCAGUGUCUAGGUGGAAAUGGUUACAUCAAUGAUUAUCCUAUGGGUCGCUUCCUGCGUGAUGCCAAGUUGUAUGAGAUAGGGGCAGGAACCAGCGAGGUGCGGAGACUUGUCAUUGGCCGGGCAUUUAAUGCUGCUUUUAAAUAACACCCACCAUUCAGUGAGAAACAGUCUCAACACCAAGAAGCCUUUGAUCAUAGUGGUGGUCUGCAACACUUUUUUUCUCAUAUCACGGUCACUGCUGGUUGAUUAUUAUCCAUUUGAUGAACAAAUGCUGCUAAGUUUAACUGGGCUCUGCUGACCGAAUGAAUUGAGCAGGAGAACAAAAGUAAACGUGUUCAUGUGAUCAGCCUGAAUUUGUUCCUUCAUCAUACUCGCAGCCAUUUUGAUUCUAAAAUCUAAGGAGUUGAGGAGGAAGUUUAUGCCAGGAGUAUAUGACAGUCAAAGCAGGAUGUUUCUUGCAUGAUGAACUAUUGAAUAGGAAAAAUCAGUUACUGAGCAUUCUCCUCAAUCUAGAUCAAUCUAGAGGGAAUGGACAUUGGAUCAAUCCAGAAAGAAUGGACAAUGGGAAUGGAAUUUUAUCUUUAAAAAUUUCGAGUGCCAUGAACAAGUAGCAUUUUUAAUUUGCUGCUGCUGGAAGAUGGUAAUUUCCCAAUGCGACAUUCCACCAGUAUGUUAACCUCCUGGUGCCAUCCAGUUAACAAUUUCAGCUUUGGGAAUCCAAAUGCCAGCUAACUUUGUGGUAGCUACUGUCUGCUGUUAACAUCAAAGGAUUUAAACUACACAAGCAAUACUGUAAAAAAUGUCACCUAAAACCCUGUUAAGAUGUCAUGUAUUUUUCUUUGCCCAUUGCCUUUCCUAUCCCUGCUGCUUACCAAGAUAUUUGAAUGUAAUCUGAAGUCUUCACUCUUCUGAUUGGCUGCGUCCCGCUGUCUGAUUCAUUUGUUGAUGUCACUAUCCGUCAUUCUGGAAGCUUUUAAAAUGUCAGACCCUGUACUGUGGCAUCCGUCAAUGAAUCAGGCAAAAGGAGGUUGACUUAUAUUAAAGGGUUCUCUGUUGGCGAGUGUGUGCACUUGCACUCCUAAAUUUAAUUGGCCAUAAGGAGAAAGAAAGCCUAGUGAGAAAAUUUGGGGCAGUUUUAAGAGGGAGUUAGGGAAACAUUAUGUGGAGUAGUUUAAAUCUUGUGUGGUCUAUUUUUAAUAAGGAAUACAGCAGUGUGUAAUACAACUUCAAAGAGUGAAUUACAGGAAGAAAGUAAAUCUCUUGAAUAUAAUACACCAAUGAAUUAAACAGCUGCCAUCUUGACCUUCUUAUGUAGGUUAAAAACAAUAUAGCUUGUAGUUUUUAUUUUUCUCUCUAUAUUUGGUGUUUGUCUAAAUGGUGACUCUAAGCCAGCACACAAUACAGUAUUUUUAAAGCAUCUAUUUAAUAAUCUAAACCAACAAUAUAAUAAAAUAUAAAAAUAUAAUAAGAAACGCCCAGACCCAACUAAAAUCCACCUUACUCGGUUUCCUCUGAAAAAAAAAUACUGAUAGCUACACAGGUCAUGCGGUAUGCACGGAAGGUCUUCUGGCCCAAGGGGAGAGGCAGCUCCCAGAGCCAUGGGUCUGCCCCUAGAAUGCCCAACCCUCAGACUGGGGAUUGUCAUCUCAAGCAUCCCAACUGAGCUUUACUACUCGGGAAAAACACAGAGAGGUGAUCUCUGAGAUACCCUGGGCCCAAAGCACAAAGGGCUUUGAUCAAGGCUGACACCUUGGCUUGCAUCUGAAUAUAAUCUGGAAUCCAGGGCAGACUUGGAAGCACAGGUGAAAUAUGCUUCACUUGUGAAACACCAAGUACAUUUAUGUACUGAAUAUAUGAGAAUGGAAAUAUGUUCUCAUUUAGAUAAGAGAAUGACCUAAGCUUUACCUCAGAAUUAUGAAUGUCAUCCCCUCUCCUACAUUCAGACUGCAUCCACUGCAUCAUGACCAGUGCCUCAAGAAAGAUCUAAGGUGGGAUUUUUCUACACUGCCUAAAAGAUUUGGAUGUCCAGUUCCCAUUACAGUUUGUGGGAAUUGGGUAUCCAACUCCUGUAGCCAUCUUUGAAAAUCUCAGCCCCAGUCCCAUGAUGUAUCAUUAAAAUGGCAGCUCCUUAGAGAGGGAGCCAAUAGCAGCACUGAUAGCAAUGAAGGUGCCGAGACCAUGCAUGAUGCUUUUAAAAAAAUAAUUUAAAAUUAAUUUUUUACUGAUAUGUUCUCUAGCUCUUUGAUAUGAGAAUGAAUUUCCUUGAGUUUUUCUUGAAGACUUGUUUAAAAGACAAAAACAAAACCCCACAUUGGCACUGAAUCAUAGCUUUGUAAUCUGGCUUGGUCCAAAGGAACCCCACUGAAAUGAAUGUCAAAACAACCUCAGGAUCUUUCAAGUGACUAGAAUUGUUAAGAAUCCAUGUUCUGAGUCAGAAUGGAACCUAUAUACCAUGGCUUUUAAACCUGCCUCCAGCCCUGGCACUGCUUGUUUUAAUACAAACAAUAAAUAACAUCCCACUUUCUGGGCUGAUCAGCACCUCAAAAUCAAGGCAAAAUGAAUCUGCGUCUAAUUCACCAUCAGAUAGAGUGGAAGGAGAGAUCCAUAAAUCUUAGGAAAGGUUACAUUAAUCAAAUUGCAUACACUUCCAUACAUCACUGUGGUGAAUAUCGAGUGAUCUGUCUUGCAAAAAGCAUUGAUCAAGGGGCUCUUUCCACAUACUGAGCUGUUCUCACUGUGGUGAAUGACAUGGAAUCUCCUGGCUAAGUGGAGGAGGGUCUGUGAUUAGGAUUUUGUUUUUUAAUAUGUACUAUGCCAAUAAAGAUAUCUUCUCUUUAAACACA